CUAGCCAUGAGGUCAAGAAAAUUGUCUGUAGACCUGCGAGACAGGAUCAUGUGAAGACACAGAUCUGGGAAAGGUAACAAGAAAAUGUCUGUACUAUUGAAAGUGCCCAAGAGCACAGUAGCCUCCAUCAUUCCCAGAUGGAAGAGAUUUGGAACCACCAACAGUCUUCCCAGAUCUGGCCGCCCAUCCAAACUGAGUAACUGAGAACAAAGGGCCUUGGUCAGGCAGGUAACCAAGGUAACCAAGAACCCAAUGGUCACUGUGAAUGAGGACCAGAGUUCCUUUAUGGAGACAGGAGAACCUUACAGUAGGACAACCAUCAUCAGUGCAGCAGGCCACCAACCAGGCCUUUAAUGGUGGGGUGGCCAGACGGAAGCCACUCUUCACUAAGGCACAUAAGAGCCUGCUGGGAGUUUGCCAAAAAGCACCUGCACGGCUCUCAGACCAUACGAGGCUAAAUCCUCUGGUCUGAUGAAGCAAAGACUGAACUAUUUGGCCACAGUUCCCAACGGCGUGUGGAGGAAACCAGGCACUGAGCAUCACCUCAUUAAUACCACCCCUACAGUCAAACACAGUGGUGGUGGUAGCAUAAUGAUGUGAAGAUGUUUUUCCUGCGACAGGGACUGGGAGACUAAUCAGUAUAACGGGAAAGAUGGAUGCAGAAAAACAUGGAGCAACUCUCAGGGGAGACCUUUUCCAAAGUGCUCAGGAUCUCAGGCUGACGAAUACUGCCAAGAAAACACAGAAGUGGCUCCGGGAAAACUGUGACAGUCCUGGAGUGGCCCAGCCAGAGUCCAGACCGGAACCGAUGGAGCAUCUCUAGAGAGUGACCUUGCAAUGGCUGUGCACUGAUGCUCCCCAUCCAACCUGGAUAAGCUUGAAUGGGAUUCUGCCCAGAAGCUUCCAAAAGAAAGGUGUGCCAAGCUUGUACGAUCAUUCCCAAGAAGACUUGAGGCUGUCGUUGCUGCCAAAGAUCCUCUUGAAACAUCGAGCAAAUAGACUCAAGUCAGCGUCUUCCAUGACUUUCACCAUGUGUCCUGUCAACCAUCUUUGCUAAAGUGGCCAACUAUCAUCUGCACCAGACUUAAGGCAUAUUCCACUGGAUAUUGUUAUUGUUCACACUCUUAGGGUUUUGCUUUUGAGAGAAAGAGAGAAAAGAACCGUCCAGAGAAGACUGAACACAGUCACAAAGUAACCCAGUGCCCAGACGAUCCACCACUGAUUACGUGUAUUUUUGUUUUCUAUUAUUUCCCAUCAUGCCUUUCAUUUUCCCACACACUUCGCGGCUGCUGUGGGUGCGCACGGCGGCGCUGGUGUGCACGUGCGUGACGUUCAGCGUGGCGUCUCACGGCGCUCACCUGGGCAACGGCGGCGACCUCUUCAUGUUCUGCUGGAGCUUCAGCUUCGCCGGCACCCUGCUCAUCCUCCUGGUGGAGCUGCUGGGCCUGCAGACGCGCGCGCCCGUCUCCUGGACCAACUUCCCCAUCACCUUCGCCUGCUACGCCACCCUGCUGUGCCUCACCGCGUCCGUGGCCUUCCCCAUCAACUUCCUCAAGGGCAGCCAGCCGCAGGGCGAGGCGCGCGACCACCGCAUCGUCGCCACCGUCUUCUCCUGCCUGGCCACGGUGGCGUACCUGGUGGAGGUGAGCCUGGCGCGGGCACGGCCGGGCGAGGUGGCGGGUUACAUGGCCACCACGCCGGGCCUGCUGAAGGUGUGCGAGACGUUCGUGGCGUGCGUGAUCUUCGUGUUCAUCAGCGAGCCCGUGUCCUACGACCGCUACCCCGCGCUCAAGUGGUGCCUGGCCGUGUACAUCAUCUGCUUCGUGCUCUCGGCCGCCGUGGUGGUGCUGUGCGUGGGCGAGUGCACCGGCUGUCUCCCGUUCCCCUUCUCCCGCUUCCUGUCUGCCUACUCCUUCCUGGCUGUGGCCAUGUAUCUCACGGCGACCAUCAUCUGGCCGGUCUUCCAGUUCGACAGUCGUUAUAGUAACAGGGGGUCGCGGCCCCCCUACUGCUCCAGCCCCGGCACGUGCGCCUGGGAUAAGGUGGUCGCCGUGGCAGUGCUCACGGCGCUCAACCUGCUGAUCUACCUGGCGGACUUGGCCCACUCGGCACGGUUGGUGUUUGUCAGCGGGUAUUGAGGGGGGAGAGAAGGAUGCCAGAUUAGUUUCAUUUGUUGAUGACGAGGAGAGAGAGAAAAUAAGCUUUCAGGAGUCUGUGUUUAGGUUCUGUGGAAGUGAUGUGUUGAAAACGAAUGGAACCUUGAACUCGACGUCAUGGCAACUGACACUGUUUUCCACUUCCACUGUCUGGUAAUCAUUGAUUCUGAAUCAUCUACUGUAUGCUCUGAAAGAAGGGAGGAUAUUCUUGCCCAAGUGGAAUUAUGAGUCCUGAUCUUACCGGUGAUACAUGUAUUUAACUAGAGCAGGCCAAUUAACAGCUAAGCACCAAAUAUGUCUUUCAAACCAAAGCACUCAUGUACACAUAUGUUUUCUGCUGCUUUGGUCAAACAUACUUUCUGUGAAUCACCCUGGAUCACUCUGCACUGUCUGUACAAUAAAUACAUCAAAGAAA